AUGACGCGCUUACGGGUGGCUUUUCUCGGCCCACUAGCAUCUUUCUCACACCAGGCCGCAGCUGAAGCUUUCGGUAAAAUCUCAGCCUCGUUACUUCCCCAUAUCUCCUUCGCCGAUGCCUUUGCUGCCGUUCAAAACCAAGAGGCUGAUUAUGCCGUGAUCCCUUGCGAAAAUUCAACCAAUGGUUCGGUUGUUCAGACUCUCGACCUCCUCGCCGAUCGAAAUGAUCAGUAUAAAGACGUGAAAGUAUGCGGCGAAUACUAUUUGACCGUGCACCACUGCUUGUUGGUACACAAGGGCUCAUAUCCCUCCGGUUGGUCCGGGUACGACGGGGCCAUCACCAAGCUAUACACACACCCCCAGGCCUGGGGUCAAUGCGAGGGAUUCCUUUCUCAAUAUUUCAAGGGUGUAGAAAGACAAGAUGUCUCUUCAACUUCGAAGGGAGCGGAGAUUAUCUCCAAGUCGCCGACGGAGAAAAGCGCUGCUAUUGCAAGCCGAUUCGCCGCGGAGCAUCACGGUGUUGACGUUCUGAAGGAGAAUAUUGAGGAUCGCGCGGAUAAUACCACUCGAUUCUUGAUUUUGAGGAACAUCCAUGUUGAACGGACAGCUACGCUUGACUUGGAGCAGCCCAAGGCGCCCACUUCAACGCCAGAUCCUAUCCACGAAAGCACGCAUAAAACGUUGAUCACAUUCUCCAUUGAUCAUUCCUCGCCGGGUGCAUUGGCAAGUGCGCUUUUGAUUUUUAAGAAUCACGGACUGAAUCUCACGACAAUAAACACCAGGCCCAGUUUGAAACGGGCUUGGCAAUAUAUCUUUUUUGUGGAAUGUGGACGAACCCCAUCGGAGGAAAACAAGGAUGCUGUUGUAGAGGCUUUGCAAGAUCUGCAACACGUCACGGAGUCGUGCAGGGAUUUAGGGACAUGGAAGGAUCAGCUGGGCGCACAGACUGCAUAA